GAAGCCUCCUGGGCACAUUCCUUAACGAACGCCCCCACCGUAAGGCAACGCAGCUCUUCGAAUGCGCAGGACCCUUUACGCCCACAGCAGCAGAGCAGAAGGCUGAGCAACAGCCGUCAUUGCCCAAGGGGUGGUCCGCAUCGGGCCUGGAGUGCGACAUCCACAAGACAGCUGCGGGCGCAUCCCAGCCAUGGGGAACUACAAGGCCAUGGCCAGGGAUGCCAAGCACUUCCUCCAAACCAGAAGGCUAUCCACUACGCCAUUGCCCAUUGCGGCGUUGCCUGCUUUCUGCUGGUGAUCAGCCUGUUCACCCCCCGAUGGCGAGUUGAUGAUGUUGGCGCCCAGCACAUAGCCAACACAUGGCAAUGGCUUGACGGCUUAACUUUCGAGUCCAGGGAGUACGGCGUCAUCUUUGUGAAGGGCACGGUGACGCACUCUUGGAUGUCCUUAGCGCAGAACGCCUGCGACUUCCAGACCCACAGCUACAUCACCGGCUGGGCCAGUGCGACAGUCUCCUCGCUGUCUAACGACUGCAAGGAGGGAGAUGACAAGUGCAGUGGAGGCUGGUUCUACCACAUUUCCGAGCGGUGCCGUGUGUACCGCAGCGUUAGGACGCUGUCGUUCGCGACCAUGGCGAUCACUUUCGUUUCAAUCAUGCUCGUCACUGUGGGUUGCUUCCUUGCCUGCAUGUCUUCGCAAAAGCAGAUGGGGGGCAUCAUUUGUGGCCUCUUCCUCACCUCUGGUCUGCUCUGCUUUCUGCUGAACUUGAUUUGGGCCAGUGUAUCCGAUGCUGGAUUCAAGGAUCUGGGCGAGAGCGCUUACUACCCAUACCCUUCUCUGGGCAUUGCAUAUUUUCUGCAUCUCUACGGUUCCGUCAUGCUCAUCGUGGCUUCGGGCGUGUACGGAUGGAUCAUCUACCCGGUAGUCAUGAAUUACGACGAGAAGGAGGUCAAGAUGAACAAGAAAAUCGCGAGGAUGGAGAAGCGUGCGGAGCACAGAGCACGCGCCCAGGAACAGCAAAUGCAGGUGCAGCAGCAGUGCAUGGUCCAGCAGAUGUAUCCGCAGCCUCAGCCCAUGGGCAACAUGGCGAUGCCGAUGCAGAUGGCCCCCCAGAUCCAGAUGUCAGGGGUGGGCGGUGCGCACAUGCCGGUGGGGCAGAUGGCCCACUUGGACGGCGCCGCCAUGCCGGCGCAGCAGGGCGGCGAGUUGCAGGCGAAUUUCUGAGGGAGUUCCGGGCCGGUCGCGUUGCACGGUUGGCGGAACCAUCAUGUCAUCACAUCUACUGUUUUGAUCCAUGCAGCUGUUUGUACUUAGUGUAAAGUCCGCUCGCGCGCGCCCUCCCUCCGGUCGUGCGCAUACAUAUUUACACUAGUACAGGUGCUCACCGGAUUUAAGUGUAGCCAUGGAGGUUUCGGUUCAUACACUACUGCGAUUUAGAUCCUGAAAUGCGUGCUAGUGCCCCUCUGGACGGAGUGCGCAGACUCCGCAUUAGAGCAGAUGAGAAGAGAAUUCAAGCGCCUCGCUCCCGCAUGGCAAGGUUGUAGAAUUGCUGGACUGUCGAUGUGCCCCAGGGUCGAACUGUGAUCUGCGGCCGCCUUGAGUUGGAUGUGGGGCCUCGCGGCGGAAAAAUGAUGGGCGCGCACCCCGGCAUUGCCGUCGACCAAUGCUGCACCGAGUGCCCGAGCUAUUUUGUAUAAUUCCACUGCCUUGUCCCUCUCUCAUAUCUCGCCCAGCUUUUUCCCACCCCAACAAUGAUCUGGAAGCUCGAACACCAGGCCGUGCACAAAUUGAUGAGACUCCCGCCGGACAGGUUCCGCCUUUUUUUCGCACGCGCGCAUGGCCCGCAUAUAUGAGCAUCGCCCCUUCCAGUUUAAAAUGUUUGGCUGGGGAAGUGCCUGGCAGACCUCUUAUCACAUUUGAGGACUGGUCUGGCGCUCAGCAUUGCAAUGUUUCAGGCAAUUCGCAGAGGACCAUGCCGCGACUGUGCGAUUCCAACUCGGCAUGUACUCGGCCGUGUGCUGGAAACGGCCAUUCUCCAUUGCCUAGUAUCUUGAGCGUGCGCGUCUACCGCCGCCGCGGUUCGCACGACCUGACAAAUGGCUGGCGGCGGUCAGUGGGGCGAGGGAGCACACUAGCCAAGCAAUAGUAGACGACAAGCAGCCGCACCCACAGCGAACAUGUUCUAGACCUCUCUUUCCGUAUGCCUGUCCUGGCACGUUUGCAUCCACAUUUCUGCGAGGGUUCAUUGUUUGGGGCAUCUACCUUGGUGGUGGACCUCGGGGGUUGGAGGAGCGUUGGGCUCUAUGUAUGGAAGUUUUGCAUGCACUGAAGCCCAGCUGGCAGUGGAGUAUACUUGAGACCCUUGCGAGUGCAUGGGCCGCCUCUCACCGCAUGCACGUAGGCAUCCAGAGAUAUCAGUGCGUGUGGGGAUGCCUGGCACCAGACGAGUUUUCCCACCAUCUCCGCUGACCCCGCUGCGUCGCCACAUGGCUAUGCAUGCCGUGUGGAGGCGGCGGGACUCUCCGUCAGAGCCGAUCUUGAGCCUGAGGCGGGUACGGGAGUUGGGGUUGGGGUUCGGAGCUGCCGCGGCACGAAUGCCUCGUGGCGACCGCCAUGGCAUCUCACAUGCAUCACGAAGCCAAAGGCUUUGCCCAGCGAGAAGCGAUGAGCUACGCCCGAGCAGAGCCGAUUCGCAUGGGAGG